CCUCUCUCCACACUUACGCUCCCUGUAUCUCCACGCAAUCUUUUUUUGGCUUUGCUUGCUUGUUGGUACCUGCCGAUAGAUAGAUCUUAAAUGAUGGAGACGGGGGAGCAGUACAGUUUGCCCGACCUCCACCAGCUGAUGGCAGGAAAACCUCCCUUCCCGGCGGUCUCUCAUGGCCUUGCCGACCCUUUCACGGCCCACCACCAGAGCCUCGUUGCCGGUCCCCAACAUUAUGGGAUGGUUCUCAUAGGUGGUGAGGGAGAGGAGACAAUGUCGGCUGCCCCUCAUCUGCCUCCUCCGCUGCCUCCACCUCCUGGUUUCUUUGGAGAGCUCCGCGAUGUCGGUGCUGGAGGCGAGACCCAACGGAGGUGGCCGAGGCAGGAGACUCUUACCCUUCUGGAGGUCAGAGCCCGGUUGGAUUCCAGGUUUAGGGAAGCUGCUCACAAGGCUUCCUUGUGGGAUGAGGUCUCUCGGAUAAUGGCAGAGGAACACGGUUAUCAAAGGAGUGGGAGGAAAUGCAGAGAGAAGCUAGAGAACUUGUACAAGUACUACAAGAAGACCAAAGAAGGGAAAGCAGGGAGACAAAAUGGGAAACAUUAUAGGUUCUUCAGACAGUUAGAGGCACUCUAUGGUGGAAACAACAAUGCCAUCACAAACAAACCACUCUUCCAUGCUACCAAUUCUUCCGCUACAGCAGCAAACAAAGAACUUCUCCAAGCUCACAGGCUCUACGAGCUUGAGAGCCUCGUCUUGUCAAAUUCCAGCGAUAUUGGAAGUGUAUCAACUGAAGAAGAUGGCGAGGAGGAUCAAAAUACUAUUCCAGCAUUACAGUCUAAUGAACUAGAUAUGGAGAAGGACACGAGAACUCUUAAGAGGAGUAGGAAUAGCUGGCAGUCAAAGAUCAAGGAGUUUGUUGACAUUCAGGUCAGGAGAUUUAUGGAGGUCCAAGAGGCCUGGCUGGAGAAGAUGUUGAACACUCUUGAGCACAUGGAACAAGAAAGGAUCUCUAGAGAGGAAGCAUGGAGGAAGCAAGAAGCAGCUCGACUAGAUCACGAGCGCCGUCUCUGGGCAAGCGAGAGGGCUUGGAUUGAAGCCCGCGACAACGCAAUAAUGGAGGCCUUGGAGAAGAUUAGCCGCCGUGAAAUGAAGCCCCAAUUUCGGGAGUUCACAUCCAUAGACAUAUUGGAUGACGAUGUCAAUCAGAACGGGAUGGAAAGCAACAUAACACAUGGCAAUUUAAGCAGUAGGAGAUGGCUUGACUCCGAGAUCAUCUGUUUAAAAGCCAGGAUCGAGUCAAAACUCCAAGAAGAAGGGCACGCAAAGGGAGAUCUGUGGGAGGAGAUUUCGGCAGCAAUGGCUUGCUUGGGCUAUGAUCCAAGUGCUAAGAGGUGCAAAGAUAAGUUGGAAGAAAUUAAUGACUAUUUUAUGAAAAACAAGGAGUGCAACAAGAAGCUCAGGGAGAACAAAUGGACCUGCCCUUAUCACAGGCAUCUCGAUUCUUUAGAUGGCCAGCGAAGCAACUGCUAUGAGGAUGUCCCCCAAGCAGCAGAAACUGUUGAUCCACAGCCUAGUAAUGGAACUUCUAGUUCUAAUGGGGAUUUGGGUGGGCAUCAUGAUAGUUGCUUUCGCUUGCUGAUCAGUGAGAAAGAGUUUGUGGGUGAACAAUGAUGCUUGGAAAACAACUAGAGAUAAAGUAGUCAACCGUGCAAUGUCUCUUUUAGAUGUAUGAAAAAGAAGAGGUAGCAAUUAGAAGGAUUAUUUGUAGGUUGAAUGCAUGAUUUUAAGAUCAGGUAACGAAGAGCACAAGGAUAUGUGCCGACCAUUCUAAAC